GCUGGUAGUUGGGCCGGCGUUGUCCGGUGCCGCGGUGCGGUGCGCCGCCCGGGGGUCACACAGUUCCCUCUCUCGCCCCUUCCUUCCCCCCUCCCUCUGUCUGCCCAUAUGCGCGCCCCGUUCCUCCUUCUCCUCGCCCUUCUGGCGGCCCUGCUCGCAGCGGCGUCCGGGCUGGACCUGCACCGGCUCAGCCAGCCGGUUGCCGGCCAGGCCUUCAAUGAUGCCGACACCGUGGACACCCUCCGGGAGAUGGUCCGCAUUGAGAGCAUCUCCGGCAAUGAGCUCCGCAUGAGCCAGUGGUUGGCCGACCGGCUGAUGGGUGCCGGCUGGGAUGUCGAGCAGCAGCAGGUGGAGCCCAGCCGGUACAAUGUGCUGGCCUACCACCCGGCCAACCGCCACCGGCUGAAGGCCCUCUUCAGCAGCCACAUCGACACGGUGCCGCCCUUCCUGCCAUUCAGCGAGAAUGCCGAGACCAUGUUCGGCCGCGGCACGGCCGAUGCCAAGGGCAGUGUGUCGGCCAUGAUUCAUGCGGCCGAGUCGCUGAACUCCACGAUCGCCGCGGUCGAGGGUGUCAUCGACCCGACGCAGCUGGGCCUGCUCUUCGUGGUGGGCGAGGAGGUCAACCACAUCGGCAUGCGCCAUGCGAAUGAGCUCAAUCUCCACUCGGUUGAGCACUUCGUGUCCGGCGAGCCCACCGAGUCCCUGCUGGCCGUGGGUCACAAGGGCAUGUGGAAGUUCCGUCUGGAAAUCUUUGGUCGUGCGGCGCACUCGGGCUACCCGCAUCUUGGCGAGUCGGCCAUCUCCCCGAUGCUGGACCUCCUGCGCGAGUUGAACACCAUGGCCCUUCCCGUGAGCGACUUGCUCGGCCCGACCACUCUGAACAUCGGGAUCUUGGGCGGCGGCGUGGCGGCCAAUGUCGUGCCGGAUUACGCCUCGGCCGAGAUCAUGGUCCGCGUGUCGACCAACCUGGCCGAGGUGAAGACCCUCAUCGAGCGCGUGGUCCGGGACCGGGCCACCAUCACUGACCUGUCGGAGAACGAGCCUUUCAUCUGUGACACCAUCCCCGGCUUCAACACCACCAUUGUCGCCUACAACACCGACCUUCCUUUCUUCGAGGGCGACCAUAAGUCCUACCUCCUGGGCCCGGGCAGCAUCACCGUGGCUCACACGGAUGAUGAGCAGAUUUCCAAGCGAGAGCUUGUCGACGCGGUGGGGCUCUUCCGGCGCAUGGCGGUCCACAUGCUGGCGCAGUAGGGAAGGGCGGCAGUCUUAACCGAGCAUGUCACGUGCAUACAGCAAUAUAUCACGAGCCCUUACGCGCCGGGUCAAUUGUGGGCUCCGCCCUCGUCGGCCCCCGCGCCCUCGGGCGAGGGAAAUACGUC